AUGAUUUUGCCAUGCCUUAUGCCGUUUAUGGUAGCUCUUGCUACUACAGUUACCAGUCACUAUGACGAUCCAAUCAACAUAAAGUCACUUCUUGGUCCAUUUCUGUCUCCAGGCGCCCAGCUGUAUCUUCCAAGUGAUCCCGAAUACUAUGUGGUUAACGAAAGGUGGUCAAAUAUUGGAGCACCGUUGUAUGCUGCAGCUGUUCAACCUGCUACCGAGGAAGACGUCAGAAUCACGGUGAAAGUGGCCAGUGAGCAUGAUAUCCCUUUUCUGGCGACAGGAACUUCCCACAGCGUUAAGCCAGGACUGCCCGGCUACACUACGCUCCGAAAUGCGAUACACAUCGAUCUAAGUCUAUUGAAUGGAAUUUUAGUGGAUCCUGAAAGCAACACGAUGACAAUCGGGCCAGGUGUUACCAAUGAGAUGGUGUACAAAGCGCUGUAUGCGGCUAAGAGGGAAACACCAAUUGCCACCGAUCGUUGUAUCAGUACAUUGGGAACUAUGGUUGGCGGUGGACUAGGGAGUCUUCAAGGGGUCCGAGGGAUCUUGGCUGAUUCCCUUCUCUCUGCCCAUGUGGUGACCGCUGCCGGAGACCUAAUUACUGUUUCCAAAGACGACAACCCGGAUUUAUUUUGGGCCAUUCGGGGGGCAGGCCAGAAUUUUGGAAUCCUUGUUUCCGCAACGUUUCGAAUAUACGAGCAGACCAAUGGUGGCUUAAGCAUGUUUGGAGAUUUCAUUUUCCCGAAUAGCCAGAAUGCCUCUGUGUUUGAGCUUGUGGCGUCGCUGGACAAAGGCCUCGAAACCGGAAGGCUAACCAAGUCAGCCGGUUCUCACACUUCGACUUAUUGUUAUGGUGACGAGGCGUACGCUGCUCCCCAUCUCGCGAAAGUCAUGGCGCUGAACCCAGUUAAUUCGACAUGGGGGGUAAAAGAAUGGAAGACCUAUGGUGAUAGUACUGCCACUAUGUGCGACCCCGGUUGGAACGCCACACUCUACUCGUUGGGAUUGGAAAGAACGGAUGUGCAGACACUCUCCGAGGCAUGGACGAACUGGACCACCUUCUCUAUAGAGCGAGGCAUGUUCAACGGGUUUUGGAUGAUCGAAAGACACCCAGAGCAAAUUUCUGCUAGGCGUGCCCAAAGGAGAGCAGGGGGUGUAUCCCUGGAGAGAUACAAAGUUCUACAUUCCGAAGUACAUUCCGUCAUGGGCUCCAUCCGAGAUAAGCUCCAGGAUGUAAUGGGAUUCGAGCACCAGCAUGCGUAUGUCAAUGAGGCGUACGGCGACGAAGGCCCGGAGGUCUGGUCUGGGGCCCACAAUCUUCCUCGGUUGGUGGCCUUGAAACAACAGUGGGAUCCGAAAGGCCAAUUCGGAGCUGGGAUGCUCAUACCACUAAGCUUAUGA